UCUCUCCUCUCUUCUCUCGUUCUGCUCUCUUCUUGUUUUCACUUCUCGUCUGGUUGUCCUUCGCGCUCGUGGCUUCUCUCUCCUCUCAUUCUUUUCCUUUCUUGUGCGCGCUCUGCGUGACUACCGCGACGGACCAGCCAUGGAAGCUUCGGUCUCUUCAGUGUCUCCCGCGUUUCCUCUCUCUCCCUCUUCUCAGCGUCCCUCUCCUUUUCUUACUUCGUUCUCUUCUUCGUCCUCUUCUUCUUCUUCUCUGUCGCUCUGCGCUGCCUCGGACCGACUGCGAUGGAGAGACUUGUCCAAGAAAGACCUUCUCGGCGACCUGGAGGAAAUUUCGCGGCGCGCCUCGGCCUUCUGGGAAGCGGCGAGGCUCGCAGACCUCGAGUGUAUAGACGCUGCUUCGCGCGCAGAGUCGAACGGACAACUCGACGAAGAAUUCGCCGAAGACUUGGCUCGUCUCGCCGCAGAGGCGUUGCGUGUGGUGCGCGAGAAAACAGAGAAAGCGAGAGACGAUGAACGAGAGAAGGAGGGAUGCCGCGAAGAAGGAGACAGAGAGAAAGGAGAGAAAACUAUGGUGUCUGCGUUCUUUGAAAUAAAUGCGAAGCGCAAAGAAAUUGCCGAGGAGGCCGUCGCACUUUCCCUCUCAGUCGACUUCCUUCGCCUGUCGCUUCUCUCCGCGGCAUCCAGCUGUCUCUCUGCCGAGAAACAAGCGGAGGCCUGGCGCGAAGCGAGCGUCUCGACAGUCGACUCGGGUGUAUGUGGACUUGAGUCGUCAGGAGACGCGCCGGUCGCCGCUUCACAGAGUCUCCUUGAGCCUUCGCCGGCCGCGCAGUCUCGGCAAUAUUCUCCCCAGUUUUCUUCGCGGCGCGCGUCGGUCGGUCUCGGCGAGGGCAGGAAACUCGAGCGAGACAGAGAGCGCCUCGCCGUCCACUUCCGGGCUGUCUGUACACCGGAGAGCGGCGGGGGGGGAGAGGAGGCGACAGCUGCUUUCGAACGCUUCUGGACGGAGUCAACGUGCCGCGGAGACUUUGUCGAUCUUCUGCAGAAAGCAGAGAUCGAGCGCAUGCGGCCGAGUGCGGCGGAAGACCUUCUGGACUUCUUGCACCGCCUUGUGCACCUGCCGCCCAUCUGUUUCCGAGAAGACGAAGUGGACAUUUCUUCGCCUUCUGCUCUCCCUCAUCUUGUUCAAGACGCAAAAGACGCACAACGCGACUUCUUCCUCAUCAACGGGAGCCUCCUCGCAGGUUCUGAUGGAUUUUCGCGAGUCGUCACGCGUCUGCACCAUGUUCUUUGUUCGGACUGCAAAGCCGCUUCGUUGGAUUCGAUUCUCGAAGCGUUGUUGAUUCUUCAUUUGCAGAGUCGGACCUACACUGGGGGGUCGAGUGUGGACUUCCUGUUUCCUCUUCUUUCUCUUUCUCCUCUUUGUCUCCUCGUUCCUCUCCCCACCCAGUCCCUGCACAAUCAGCUUGUCACUCUCUUUUCUCACUCCAGGCGGCAAAGACUGCCUUCUUCUCAUUCUUCUUCUUCUCUCUUGUCUUCUUCGGCGUCUGAGCAGCCUGUGGGCGUUCAGUUGCAUGCCCACACGCAGUACCGCUUCCACGUCGCCGCUCCGGAAAGGACUGGAGCGGAAGCCGCGAAAGACAGCGGUGCUGGACUUUCCUCUGCGUCCGGAAAAAGGCACCGAGGGCAACGCAGCUCUCCGCUGUCUUUCCUCUGGCGGUCGAAGAAGAGAGCGAGCGAAGAUGCGAGUUCGCCAAGAGAGAACGCGCCCGAGCAGAAGGGGGAAGAAGAGAAGAACACUGAAGAGGAAAAACGUUUUUCGAAGGAAUUUCUGCAAGACAUGCCGGCGAGGGACCUGCUGGAAAACGUGCGAAUCGAUGUCCACUGGUUUGCUUGGGUCGACCUCGACGCUCUUCGUCGCUCUUCUCUGUCCAAGAAAAUCCGGGAGUUUCUCCGCCACCAGGUGGCGAAGAGCGACAAGGCGCGAAGCAUCUGGACUUCCGUCGCGCUUGCCUUCGACCUGGACGCCGCAGAGCUCGAGAGAGAGAAGGAAGAAACUGAAAAUCCUUCUGCGAAAGAGGACCUUCCUGGGGAACGCAUCGUGCGGCAGUGCAUCUACUUGAGUCACAAUGCGCGAGAAGUAUGGGAAAACUACCUGAAAGAAAAGGCAGCGCGAAAAGAAAAAAAGGCAGAGACACAAACCGAGACGCCUCCCACACAAGAAUGAUCAUCCAGAGGGGUAUAUACACCUGGGUACAUGCACAUACACGCAUGCAUAUACAAUAUAUAUAUAUAUACAAUAUGUACAAUAUAGGCAUAUAUAUAUACAUAUGUUUAUAUGUUUAUUUGAAUAGUUAAUCACAUCGACUGGAUGUAUGCGUUGUUUGGAAGGGAUACUGAAAAAAACGGAGUUAUGCACAGUCAACGUUUCACGGACGCGCUCCGGUUCUUGAAAAGAGGUAGGCUUGUUCGCAGAGGGCCUUCGAGAAGAAAGUGGAGAACCGGAGACAGCGAACUUUCUCGAACUUCGAAAGGAGAAGGGUGCUCCGCUUUUCUUCAAAGGAAACAGAAGAGACCGCUGCGGCGAGCACGAACAACAAGAGAGAAAUGUACAGCUGAAGAGAGAAGCCUCUUUCGGAGGCUUCUGUUUCUUCGUCUCUGGUGUCCGAGACUCGUUAAGAAAUGCGUCAUACGCGUUUAAAUCUACAGCAAUAUAUAUUUGUUUUUAUACAUUUAUAUAUAUAUAUAUAUAUAUAUUUAAAUAUGUUUAGGAUUUAGGGUAUAUGUCUCUACUUUUUUCGUUUUACAGAGAAGGGGAAAUACUCACAUUGUUCGUACAUUUCGGCCCAAGCAUGUAGAUGUGAAUACAUCAACCUGAAGGUGUCUCCGUGCCUCUCUGCCGAAUUUCCGUGGACAAACUGACUGCCGGCCGCAUCUCAGCGGCUUCGGCUUAUAUUCGGAUAUGUUGUCUGAC